AUGUCUUCUGGCUUCAUAUCCGGGGGCACCACCGAUGCUCCUCUAGAGCGAAGUAACGAAUGGCUGGCUGCUCAGAAAGAGAUCGAGGCCAACGCCCUGCGACGAGCUGAACAAGCAAGACAAACGGACGGCAAGAGCUUGUACGAGACACUGGAAGCUAACAAAGUCGCCAAGCAAGAAGCAUUCGAAGAAGCGAACAGACUCAAAAACCAAUUCCGCGGUGUCGACGAAGAUGAGGCAGAAUGGUUGGACUCUGUAUUAGAGAGUACUCGAGCCGAAGAAGAUCGGGUGAAGAAAGAGACAGCAGAAGGACUCGCAUUAUUUCGCCAACAACAGGAAGAAGCAGACAGGAAAGCGCGGAUUGGAAGCAACACAGGUGCACCUGAGGAAAGAUCGCAAAAAGCGGAAGAGGAGUCUUGGAUUGCCGGUGGAAGGAAACGGAAGAGGACAAAGGAGAAGGAGGUACUGAGGGGUGUGAAGAUACGACGAGCUUCAACAUCCACGGAGUCCGAGAAGAAGCCUACUGGAGCCGACCUGCAGUCGCCAAAGGAGAAACCUGAGUCCCAGAAGCUACAACCUCAAGAUGAAGGAAGCCAAAAGCCAUUAGAUUCCCAAAUAGCAGUUUCUGAGAGUAAGCGCUCACUGGAUGCUCCCAAACCCGCCUCAGGAUUGGUGGAUUAUGGCUCUGAUGAAGAUGACGAUUAUUGA